AUGUUCGCCUGCAGGCGCAAUACUCAGAAGCCCGAUGAAGCGUUGUACGUGGCGUUUAAGGAGUCUUUUCCCGAUGUCGGGCCUGGAUCGUCCUCCUCAGCCGGUCCGGGAGAGGAAGGGCCUGCUCGCAGAUCAUCAGUAUUAAGCGAGGCCAUUGUGGAUGAGCCCUCGACGACUCAACGGUACGUCGCGGUCGACACUACAUUAACUCGUCUCUUUCACCUUUUCACCAACCCGCGAUGUCAACACCCAUCGACAAUGUCGCCCACUCUGCUCUCACCCGACCAGCAAGACAACCAAGUGCAUGAUGCUGACUAUUUCGCCAGCGCAUUUGAGAGUCAGACAGAAGCCAAGGAACAAGAUGCGACUCCCAAGCCGUUCGCCGACCUCUGGAGAUUUACUCCGUCGCUGAUGGAUCCCAACUCCUUCGCCUUUUCCGCCUUUGCGAACCAACCUCCUGGCUACUUGUAUACGCCCACUCCUGGAGGGUUCGGAACGCUCUAUCAUCCGCAAGCAGGUGACCUUCACACUCCCGGAAUGGGGAUGAAUACGCCCUUGUCGUUACCUCAUUCGGUACACGCACUGCAUGCCCAUGAUCCUUUAAUGCAUAUUCAACAUUUCAACCCACAUUUUAUGCACCAGCCUCAUCCGUUCCAGGAUGCUUUUCACAACCAGCAUUCCCAGGCUCCUCUCGUGACGCAGCAACCGCAGACCUUUGCGCCUCAGCAGUUUCUCCAACACGAAGACUCCGGCUAUGUGGCUAUGGACGAUAGUUCUCACAAAACGACCCCCAAUCAAGCCGAAGGCAGCGUAGAGCGGCGUACGAUGCAUCAGUCUGUCCCGCGGGUGAGGUCAGGGGUGAUGGGUAUGCCAGAUGUGCGGCUGGGGGACAAGUCAGUAUGGCCAUUCCUAGACCACGUAUUCUCUAAUAAGUCUUUUAGAUUGCGAUUCCACACCACGUUGAAUGCUCCAACUGCAAUGGUUCGACACGCCGACGAGAUCCCUAUCACCUAUCUGAACAAGGGUCAGGCUUACACCAUGUCAAUAUGGGAUACGACACCCCCCCUGCCACAAGACAGCGCUCCCCAGUACCGCACUUAUGUUCGCGUCUCAUUCGAAGAUGAGCAACAGAGAGCCCGGCCGGGAGCAUGUUGGCAACUUUGGAAGGAAGGACGCGGUUCCAAUGAAGCCCAUCAACGAGGCGGUAGACUUCUCGCCGUGGAAUAUGUCGAUCCUAAUCAAGGUGGGGACGACGUACUGCGCAAACCUCUUGUCCAGCUUGAGAAGGCUUCUUUCGACGGAUUCGCGGUGACAUGGGUGCCCAGCCUUCUGAAUGGAGGGCCCCAUUGUUCGAUAUCCAUCCGGUUCAACUUUUUGUCGACUGACUUCAGCCAUUCCAAGGGUGUCAAAGGUAUCCCUGUCCGACUAUGUGCUAAGACCGAGCUGGUCACCCCGUCUACCGCCGCCAGCAACAAACCCGAAGUUUGUUACUCUAAAGUCAAGCUCUUCCGCGACCACGGUGCAGAGAGAAAACUUUCCAACGACGUCGCUCACGUCAAGAAGACGAUCGAUAAGCUCAAACAACAAAUAGCGCAAGCUGAAGCUGGUCUGGGAAAUGCUGGAAAGAGGAGGAGGAGCGGAUCAGUGGCAAAAGCCUCAUUGUCUCGUCCCGGGAAAGUGCUGAAACACAAACGUACAUUUUCAGUGGAUUCAGAGGCUGAGCCAGCCAAGUUUUCAGCAGAAGAAGAUAUUCAGAUCAAGCUUGUGACGAUGCAGGAUAUGUUCUCUUCGACCAGACCGGUCAGUGUUCUAUUCCUACGUGGCGAUCCAGAAGACGACCCAGACCUGUGUCCUGUGAGACUUCCGGGAGACGAUCCUGAAAUGAAAGAGAUUGUGCGAACAAGCACAUGGGGAUCAAGGCAGAGUGUCUCCGACUCCCCCAUGUCAAAUGCUGUCUCCCCGAGUCUGAGUUCUACACCGGCCUCGCCAAAGAGGAGGCCGUCGGAGAUGCAAUCAUCGGCCAUCCAAGAGGAAGGCGAGAGUGAGCAUGGCAACGACCCGACUGAACCGUUGACCCAAGCAGUCAAGGUUCCCAAGACCCAGGUUGAUUCUACCGUCAAAAACGAACUAUUUGCCCUCGACGUCGAUAGCAGCUAUCGGCCUCCUGUCGAAAGACCCAUCCGACCCGUUGCAUGUUUCUACGUGCGCCAAAAGGAUUCCACCAAGAACUACUAUCGCGCAGUCUAUUUGAUGCAGCGAACUGUUCGAGAUUUGAUCCACGGCAUAUCGGAAAAAUUUCAAGUUGAUGCUCACCGAGUAACUCAGGUGACGCACAUCAAUUCUCGAGGACUACACAUCAUUGUCGAUGAGGAUGUUGUUCGAGAACUGCCGGAAGGACAGGAUAUGGUGGUUGAAUUCGCACCACCACGAUCCGACCGACCGGUCAAGCAUGAAUCUGUCGGUACAGCCACGACGGAGGUGAUGGUGGACGGCGCAACCGCCCUUGCGGGACACUGGACCUCCGAUCCACUGGAGAUGUGGCUAAACUAUUGA